GGUGUGAUCACUAUAAAAAUAUCCAAGUUCAUUUAAUAACUUACGUAGUACUUCCUGAAACAAAGGUCGUGCAAAUUCCUAGAAAAAACACAUUUAAAGGGACAAAAAUACUACGCUUCAUGUACUUUAUAUUACAAUCAUCAGUACACUUGAAGUACUACUUGUUUAACCACUUAGACGAGGGGAGCUUUGAAUUGGGACAGUUGAUACGCGUAUUAAGACUUCUUUAUGGAAAGAAAAUAUCGAGAUGUUUUGAUUAUAUAAAUCGGAUUGCGGUUUUAUUUCAAGCUGAGUGGAAUUUCCCUUGAUUGUGACAAAAAAGAGCAGCCCUAAUGGCCCAAAGGCACAACACAAAAAGGCUUAGUGCUCUGAUCAGCCUGUUGCUACUUCUUCAAGAAUGUCAUCCUAUUAUGAUGCAUUCUGACAAUGCAUACAAUCUGGACGGUGGUAAUAAGGAUAAAAAUAAAUUCAAGUCUAAGAAAAGAAGUGAUAAUAAACAUGACAGCACCGACGAUACCGCUAAGCAAUACCAACGUCGGCUAGUUGACAGCACCGACGAUACCGCUAAGCAACACGAACGUCAGCUCGUUGACAACCGCGAUAAUUUGAACAUUUCAGACAGACACAAUUCAAAACGAUCGACGGUACAGCUAAAAGAAGUAGGCGAUGCAAAUGUUAUUUCGUUUGAGGAAGUAAACCGGCGCCUUCAGUUACUGGUUACUAAAUUCAGAGCUCACGAGAAAGUAGUUGACAAGGUGAGAUCUGGUUUCAAGAACUGUUCUGCUCUAGAUGUUGAAAGUAUGGAGACUGUGGGAAAUCUGAAUAACCCAAAGGGUAUUCUAGUGCGACUGAUGUUCUCUGCCGUCUUGUCUCUAGCUAACUGUCAGCUUACAUCUCGACAAAUCUUACAUGAAAUAUGUAACGCUGUCGACAACAAUGUAGUGGUGGAGGUGAUUGAAACACUGGCAGAACUGACCGAUGAUCUCGGACAAAGUAAUAAUAAAACAAGAACUGACGCAAGCGAGGAAGAAACGUUCGACAACGACAUUGAAGUGGAACAGAAGGAAUCUUCAUUUCUAGCAAACAUGCUGGCGGAAAAUAUUAUGAACACCAAUGAAAUGAUGAACUUGUUUGAUCAAUUGAGUGGUGGUGGAAAAUUUGAAAAUGUAUCUGAGGUUAAUGAAUUACUUUCAAAUAUUGAUGUUUUCAAUUUGGAAGAAAUUACUGAUAAUCCAGAUUUCAAAUGGAUAAGACCGAUAAGCGAAAUAUCAAAUGGUUCCUUGUCUUUCAAAAACCAGUCACAUAAAUUAUUAAGCAUGUUGAACGCAAAUUCGACAAGGCGUCAUUUGCGUAAGAUAGACAUGAAAAUUGAUGUUAGUAAGAGUGCAAAACUUCUUGUUAUAUUUGAAAGGAAAACAGGUAAAAUAUUGACUUCAUCUUUGAAUGAACAACUGUCUUUAGAGUUAUUUAAUAUUACAAACUUAGAAGAACAGCUCUGGAUAAUUGACAAAGGAAUGCUAAUCAACGUAGGCUCACAUUUAUCUGUAUCAUGCCAGACUACAGUAAAUAAAACAUGUCUAUUAGGCCCUAUAGAAAGCAAAGGCACAGACAUAUGGGAAAUGACUUUUGAUCGUAUAAAGAAUGGCAAUUGCUUUUUAGAUACUGAUAAUUUGGAUGUUCAUUUGAGUUGCGACAUGAAUUCUUAUGAAACUAAGUUAGCGUUUAAUAGAUUUUCCUCUACAACAGAGCCAGAAAAACUUACACAGGAAAACGACACGCCUUUCUUGAACGGUCCUCUUGUACAACUUCUAGGCAAUAGGCUUAUACUGUUUAUGUACAUCUUGGGUGGAAUGGUUCGUAACCUUUUUGGUUUAUCUAGUGAAGCCGACCACAUACCUUCGGAGACACAUGCAUCGACACAAACGGAAUAUUUUUUCAUCAAAAAUUCGUUACACCCAUGUAAAAUACUUGGGAUGGAUUAUAAGAACAUAAAUCAUAAAAUUUAUUUUGGGGAGUUUUCAGAAGAACAUAUAGAACAUUACUUGUGGUACUGGAAUGAAAAUCAAAUCAUUAACUUAGCAACAAGCGAAGCUUUGCAAUCUUACAAUGAUUAUGGUGGAUUUACUCGCCUCUGGACAUUUGAUAAUGGAACCCUCAAAUCAUUCAGUAAUCCCCAUUGUAAUAUAUUAGAGACACUUCAUACAACUUGUAACAUGGCAUCAGACACGGUAUCUGUCAAACCCAUUUGGACUUUAGUUUCGUUUGACCAGCCAGACUUUGAUAAUUUUCAGGACGUUGUUUGUAUGUACUUUAUACAAUCUGAAGAUUGGCCAUGUGAAUAUCUGUCUGAACAUUUGGCUACACAGUCACAUCUUUUGUCACCAAUAGGAGAAAAUAUUUUCUUGCACCUAUGGUACAAAUCAAAUGAAAAACUUGUAAAUGUCGGGACUGGAAACAUGCUUGUUGUUCCAAGUAAAAAUGACAGUUUUAGCGAUGAAAGUGCAUGGGUAAUUCAAAACAAUAUAAUAUUCUCAAAGAUCUACCUUGGUGAUGUUUUAACGAUAGAUGUCAGAAAUAGUGGUCGAAUUAAAAUUGAUAGUUACCGGCAAUCAGCUAUUCAGAAGUGGAAGUUUACUCAAAUAGAAGAUGCGAUUCGUGAUGACUCAAUGCUAGAUUGUUCUGAUGAUAAAAUGCGGAAAAUGAAUCGUUACGUCAUUCGAAAUAAUGAAAUACCAGGGUGUUUAAUAUUAACUGCUGUAGAAAGUAAUGACAGAAACUUUGUGUUAGACAUGCGUCCCUAUGAUGAAAACCUAUUAGACUACCAGACAUGGAUUCUUCAUCGAGAACACAUUAUAAAUCUAGGCACUGGGUUUACUAUUGCACCAUAUGGUGACAGUUUCAACCAAACAGAGGAUGAUUCCUUCUUACAUCUUGAUACACUUUACUCGUAUAAACAGUCUCAAAUGUGGACCAUUAAUUUUGAACAAGGGACUAUAUAUUCAGAUUCCAACAAUGGAUAUUACAUGGACAUUGAAAAAUGGCCAUAUGGAGUCGAUCGUGAGAUAAGUUAUAAUUUUAUAACCCGGAAAGCAAAAACCCCAAAUACGUGGACUUUUACUGAAAUAUCAAGUUAUGAAGUCGAUGAAGAAAAAAGCUUAGAUUUAUUGUGCUUUUAUCUUUUGCGUAGUAUCCAUGAACCCUGCGAAUUCGUCACUGCUGAUUUAAGUAAAGGGACAUUGUAUCUUAGACCCGUUUCUCAAGAAUUACUCGAAAAUCAGAUUUGGUAUUGGAGCGACCACUCAAUUAUAUUAGCACACACUGGACAAUCUAUUCAAGAAACACAUGCCAAAUCUGUUGUUUUGUCUAAUUCAAAAGAACAAAAACAAUGGGAUUAUGCUAAUAAAGGUUUAAAGUGCAAGAACUGUCAUGGGGGCAAAUUUUUUUCAGCUAACCUUCAUAAUGACGGGAUAAUCUACUUGACAUAUGAAAGGAAUAAAACAAUGGAUCUCUCAUUUGUUUACUAUGAAAAAUUACUAUCAGAAAAUUUUGAAUCUUGUUCUAUUAGUCCUACAAGUGGAACACAACUGUUCUUCAUUCGAUCACAUUGGAACAAAUGUAAAGUAUUAACGGGAGCACAAUAUGGUCAACGUCCGACAUUUGAACAUUUAAAUCAGGAUGAUAUUGAAAGCCAACUUUGGUAUAAAAAACAUAAUCACUUUAUUAAUCUAAAGACUAAUCGUGUGCUUCAAGUUGUUGGUAAUGAAGUGAUCAUGGGUAAUUACAAUAAAUAUGCGUCUUCACAGGCAUUCAAGACGGAAGGUAAUUUCAUAUUUCACCAUAACACGAAUUGUGUAUUAGACGUAAAUACCUUGACGUCUAAAGUAAUAAUAUGGUGUAAAAUACAUAGGCAAAACAACCAACGCUGGGACACUAUAAUAUUUGAUGAUUCGGGUAAUUAUGUCAAUACAUUGACGUGUUUGUUUUUUAUCCGCCAUGAGCUUACUCCUUGUGAAUUAUUAACAGACUUGGGGCCUGGACAUACAGUAAGACUACGACCUCCAUCAGACUCUUUUUUUAAUCGACAACUUUGGUAUUGGAAUGGUGAUAAUAUUAUAAAUGCCGACACUGGUUUGGCACUUGAAGGUUCAUAUUAUAAUAUAAUGCUAAGGCAAAAGAGUCAUGGAUCAUCUAGUCAACAAUGGACACUUGAAGGUAAACAUUUAAAAAUGAGACACUACCAGUUCAACCGAGUUGUAGGUCUGUAUGGUGAUGACAUUCAAAUGGUUAGUCAACAAAACUAUUGGCAGAGCAAGGACCAACAUUGGAGAUUUAUUGACGCUGAAGAGGGUACACGUAAUAGUAAACUGUUAACGUGUGAAAAUGAAUUAAGAAACAUAAAUAUAUAUUUUUUAAAGAGCGAAGAGGAAAAUAAUGGAAAAUGUCCCGUUUUAACUGAAACGCGAUAUGGAGAUGUAACUAUGGCAAAAGCGAGUGAUGACUAUUACAAUCAACUCUGGGCAAGGCAUAGAAAACACCUUUUAAGUCCCGAAUCUGGAAAAGCCCUUGCUGUUAAUGGCAAGAGGGUUGAAAUGCAGAGUAAAUUUGAACACGAGCACUUCCAGCACUGGGAUAUUUCUGGUAGUGCAAUUCGUUCCACUGUAAAUGGACACACAAAACUUUUAGACACAUACAAUGAUGUAAUUGUGUAUUCAUAUGACGGAACAGAUGGACAGAAGUGGACACUUAUUAGGUAUCAAGAUGUAGAAAAGGAUGUCAAACUCCUUAGGUGCAAAAAAAUGUUACAAUAAAGCAGAGGAAAAAGCAAGUGAAGUAAUGUCUUAUAUUCCAAUCUUUGGUUUUUUAUACAAUCUAUUUAGAGCUCCAAUAUACGCCGCUAAGGGGUGUGAUGACGUUGCACUAUCGGCGCUUUUAGAUUUAGGCAUUGAUUUGAUUUUGGAUGCUGUCGUCGCUGUAGUUACUGUUGCAACUUUAGGAACGGGAUCCGCGUUUGCAUUAGGAAUAAAAACUGCCGCAAAAGCGGGUAUAAAAGCUGGGAUAAAAGCGGGUGUCAGAGCUAUCACAUCAUCGAUAAAACUGGCAGUCAAACAAGGAAUUCACGCAGGAAAAACAAUGCUUAAACAAGGACUGAAAAAAAACCUUUAUCAAUUUCGCGAAGAAAAAAAAUGUUUAAUUUUAAGAAUAUUCUAAAGUCAUCACUAUCAACCGUAAAAAAAUUACCGACAAAAGUCAAAACAUUAACAGUAAAAGCUGGUAGAAAGAUUAAAUCGUUUACGUCAAAAGUCUUUCAUAAUGCACGGUCUUCGUCUUUUGAAUCUGUGAAAUCAUCUGUCAAAAACAGGCCUCCGUUCUUUACCUAAAAAGUUGAAGACAAAACUGAAGAGUAUCGGUAAUAGUUUAGCUGACCGAGCCAAUAAAAGGAUUAACAAACUAGAUGAUCUAGCGGAAAACAAACCAAAAAGUCGAAUCAGAUGCAGGAGGUCACCUGGAAAAAAAUGUAACAUACCAAAAAAGGAUAUUCCCACACCAAAACCUUCUGCAUUCGUCGAACAACCAGAUCAUAUAGUUAAGGGUAAUUUUGAGAAAAUGUUACGGGAUGUCAGAAAAGAAUAUGACACUAAUGGAUUACAAAAUGCACAUUUUGGAAUAACAAAAAAAAUCUAAAAAGGAAAAUAUAUAUAAAAUGGAUAAAGAUACGGUACAUUCAAGAAGUUUGAAAGGAAGUAGAUGAGCUUCCUAUUGAUAAGAAUUACAAUCGAAUUGGUAAAAGACGGUCAAAAAUAUCAGAGUCACACGGAGCAAUCAUUGAUUGACGAUAUAGAUAAGGUAUUAAAGAAGGACUGUAAAAAGGCAAGAGAGUGUGGGGACUUGUAUUUGUGGACAAAAAAUAGUCCAUGCAUGGAGAAUACGUACAAAAAUAUCGGCAACGCCAAGUCAUGUUUUGCAAUGUUGGCGGAAAAAUGUUAUGAUUAUGUGAUAGUUUUAAAAAGGAUAGGAAAAUGCCAUGUUGGAUUUAAAGAUUUUUAUGUUAAACCUGAUUUAAAAGGGACCGCAGCAGCUAAAAAAGGUUUUUUCAAGGAAUUAAAUGACUUAAACUUUCUGAGGAAUAAUCUGGCAACUACAUCUGGCGAAAAAUUGCCAAUUGAAAAUCUUGCAAGAUUCAUAAAAUUUUAUCAAAUUCCAUAAGUAAAUAUGUGAUGUCUCUAUUUUACUAAUUUAAACAUAAAAAUUGAUAGCUGCACAUUAUAUUUGGAGAACUGACAAACUGUUACAAAAGUGCUCUUUAAAUAUCAUGUAAAUAUACAUUAAUAUUUAGCUAGAAAUUAUAUAAAAUCAAAUAUAAAUCAAAUAAGUUCU